AGAGCAAAAGGAACGUGUUUGUCUUUAUGCAUCAGCACUUUUCACCAACAUCUUAUCACCAUCACGUUUUACCAGAUAGUUGACCCUGCUUGCAGCUUUCUGUCGGUCAGAGGGCGGAUCCACUGUGCACAGCGAUGGUGCUGAAGCAAGCCUGGGACCACAGUGAACUCACCGGUUGGCUUAAUCUCUGCUCCACCUACCUGACUCUCUGCAUUCACACCUAGGCAGAGACACCAGGCUCAUUCACCAUGAACAGCUCUGUGGCGAGUGAACAGCUGCCGAGAAUUCAGUGAAUCAGGAAAAGUCCGUUGAAGUCAGCUGAAUGGCGAGACGCUGCUGCCGCUUGCGUCGUCUGCUGAUCUGCUUGUGUACGCCGUUCUUCUUGGUGAUCUCUCUGUACAUCUUUCUCGCUGUCAAGAUAACCAUGGACAUGCAGAGCAUGAGCACUCAACAGGCGGUCGUCCACCCAACCCAGGAAAAGCCUUUUUUUGUGGCAACUGGUAUUUUAAACACUGACAGAAAUCACUUAGUCCCCAAAAGUUUCUGGGGUGAAAACCUGCAAAUGAACGGCCUUUGGAACAAGCUCCAGCAAUGCGCUGACAACCAUUUCAACGGCAUUCUCUACCCCAAAAAAGCCAAGGAUGUAUCAAAAAGGGAAAUAUUUGAUGAUAACUUAUUGGAGCAAACUUUCACUCACAUAAUUAGCAGGGAAAAAAGGAACAACUCUGAGAAGCUACCAGAUGAGAUGCAGGAUUUUAUAAAUAACAUGCUAAAGAGGGACUAUCCGAUACUCAUCCAGCCAAAUGGAAUGUGUGGAGCUCAAGCGAAGCGUGAAAUAGCGCCCCCUCUGAUUCUCCUGGCCAUCAAGACAACAGAACUGAACUUUAAGAACAGACAAGCCAUUAGAAGGACUUGGGGACGGGCUGGAUGGGUGAAGGGACAGAGGAUUAACAGCAGCGAUGAAGAGCCAGCUGGAGGAUACGUCCGAAGGGUGUUCUUACUUGGCAGAGAAAGCUCAGCUGAAAUGGGCAUAGACCUGUCUGAAGUCCUGAGGAGAGAGAAUAAACUGUAUGGAGACAUUCUGCAGUGGGACUUCAGCGACACGUUUUUCAACCUCACUCUGAAGGACGUGCUCUUCUGGAGCUGGUUCUCCCAACACUGCGGUCAGGCCGUCUUCGUUUUGAAGGGAGACGACGACGUCCUUGUCAACACCCCAAAGCUGAUCACCUACCUCCACCAGCAGCUGAAUAAGUCGCAAAACAACAAUUUAGAAGAAUUUAUGGUUGGAGACGUGAUUGAAGCCGGCCACCCCAACCGAGAGCUGACGUCCAAGUACUUUAUCCCUGAGAGCUUCUACAAGGGGCUCUACCCCACGUACGCAGGCGGAGGAGGAGUGGUGUACUCCGGCCUGUUGGCCCGACGCCUACACAACGUGUCUAAAGCUGUUCACCUGUUCCCCAUUGAUGAUGUGUACGUAGGAAUGUGCAUGAGACGACUUAACAUCCACCCCCUCCACCACUCUGCCUUCCUCACGCUGAGCUUUCUGGAAGAAGAAGAGCAGUGUGCAUACCACUCCAUCCUGUUGGUCCACAAACGCAGCCCUAAACAGCUAGUUAAGUUGUGGGCCGACAUGAAGAAGACACAAAAACAAUGUGAAGACGUUCCUCUGAGGGCUGCGGAGAAAGAAGAAGAAUAAAACGUAGAGAACCUCCUGAAACCCGACCGUGACCGAGGUUUAACGGCAGCGUUUGACCUGAUCUCAGAGCUAGGUCAGUGAUGCUGCAGUAGUGCCACCUCUGUGUUGUCCGCUUUUACGAUUUCAUCACUGCGGAAAGAUGUUCAUCAGCACAGUAAUAGCAAUGCAACAACACACCCGUCUGGAGAGGAUUACAGGACCUUAGCAGACUGGGCCCUACUUUUCCUGUACAAACGCGUUUCUUGUAGACAUUUUAGUAACAGGCGUGUUUAUUAGACUGCCGCACAUUUAUCGUUGCAGCUACAGAAGACUGAGCUCAGUUGUCCUCCUCGUACUCUGAUCUUCAUUUGUCACUGGAGCAAUGAUAAACUGAGUUCCAGUUAGUGGAUGCGGGUUUUCAGGAAGAUGGAAACCCAGAAAAAUCCCCGUUAUUCAGCCACACCGACGAUCUGCUUCGUUUUGGCUCGUUGGACUCAUGUUUACAGCUGGGUCUGAGACUUCACCGAGCCACUUGUGUUAUAACUGAAAUGAAGAAACCGUUCGUGUUCAGUUGAGUCAGCUAUAACUGGGUUGUGUGGAAGUUAGUUUGUGGAAACCAUGAAACUGUUACUCCUGAGAUCUGCUCGAAGCUUGGGAGAUAUUUAAAAAAUGACUUAUUUAAAAAAAACACUCUACCCCGACCUUAGGGCCUGACGCUCUGUUCUUUUUAUUCAGCUUUUUAUUUAAUUUUGUGUUAUGUUCUUUUGGAUUUGACUCCUUUUAUUAUCCUUGUUUCUGUGCUGUUUGUCUCUGAUUUGAUUAUUUUGACAUUUGCUAAGCGGCACUUUGGUGCAGCUCUGACUUGUUACUGUAACGGUUUUACUGUUGUCAGCUGGCCUAAAUGGCAAUGUUUUAUACUAUUUAUUAAUAAAAUAACCUGACAGUAA